AUUGAUUGGAGACUGCUUUGUAUUCUCUCUCAAUCUGAAACCACAGGAGUUUAGAGAGGAGAAGAGUAGUAGAGUGGUCUUCCUUCCUCCACAAGCUCUCUCUCUCUCUCUCUCUAACCUGUGUGCUAGAAAGGAAUCUUUCUUUUGCUUCUACAGCACUACUCUAACCUCACCACCCCCUCCCCCUUCUCUCUCAACACUUUUACACCCAUAUCUGAAUUGCUAAGAACACUUAAAUCUGAACAUAUAUCCGUUAAUCUAGCAGAGAAAAUCAUUAGAGGGGGGAGAGAGAGAGAGAGAGAGAGAGAGAGAGAGAGAGAGAGAGAGAGAGAGAGAGAGAGAGAGAAGGGUGAGGCUCUUGGGUUUGUGAGAUAAUACAAAAAACAAUAUUCUCCAAAUUAAAAAUGGCUGAUUUGAAAGUAGGAAACAAGAAGAUACUCACCAUCAACCUAAACUCCCUUUUCCCCACCAAUGACCACAAAAGCUCAACCACCAGGUCUCCAAAGAUCUUCAACCCAAAUGGGGUGGUUGGGCUUGGAAUUGUCGCUGCCAUGAAAGAACUGGAUCACAAUGUCAACAGGUCCUCUGUUCUUACGAUAUCCCCCAAAUCCAACCCUAUUCCUAUACUCAGCAGCACAAAAUUCGGAGGACCCCAUUUGGAAGAAGAGGAGGAGGAGGAGGAGAUGGAGUUGUCUGAGGAGUAUACCUGUGUGAUUUCGCACAUGGGUAACAAUUUGAUUAAGAAAAGAGAGUACUUUGAUGGGGUUUUGGCUAAUGAGUCUGAAACGACAGCUAGUGAAUGGGCGACGGAUAAGGCGGCGCCGGUGGUGUUUCGGACGGCGGAUUUCCUGAACUCUUGCUAUCUUUGCAGGAAGCAGCUUCAUGGGCUGGAUAUUUUCAUGUACAGAGGAGAGAAGGCUUUUUGUAGCGCGGAAUGCCGCUGCAAACAAAUCUCAUCAGAUGAACACAUAGAAAAACGCGGGUCUGGGGCGAUGAAGCCGCUCGACUACUCUGUCUCUCCUUGCUCCAGUCCUAUGCAGUUUUUCACAGGGGUGGCUGCAGCAUAAAUAAACCUUCUUGUAGUACCUAUAAAUAAAUAUGUAAUCUAAAUAAAUAAAGGGAAAUACACAGUGAAGAAAGUUUGGAGAAGUAGAACGAUGAGAAUAAUUCGUACUGCCGGCAUAUUUUGAUCAGGUGUGGUGAGCAUGUAGUUUCUUUCUGCAUCUUUGGAGUGAAAGGAAAUUGCUGCAAAGAUGGGAUGGAGAAGAUUUUAAUGAGAAUUUCGUAUAACUUGUUUGAUGUCGAAAGGGGAACAAAUGUCAAGAUCUGCGUAUUACCUGAAGUAUUGUUGCAAGUAA